CCUCGGCCCAUUCCACGUGCUCAUCGUGUGUCCUCUUCCCACAUGUCUAUAAUUCUCUGUGCUUCACUCUGGCCAGCCCUGGGAUCACCAUGGCAACAGAAGAGUUCAUCAUCCGCAUCCCCUCCAUACUACUACAUCCGUGUCCUGGACCAGAACAGCAACAUGUACUGAGUGGAGGUAGGGCCAAAGACCUACAUCUGGCAGGACAAUGAGAGGUUAGUGUGGAGUGGGUUAUGUGUGGAGCCCUUGGGGCUAUAGAGGGCCCAUUAGGCUGGCUGUCAUGGUCACAGUCCGCAGUCCCUUUCUUCCUUCUUUUAGGCAGGAGUGGCCCUCCAUCAGGUGAUAGGGGAAUUCCUGGGGGAAUAGGUGGGCAGAUUUCUCUCCCAUUCACUGCCUCCUUUGGGAGUUGGCGGAGGCCCUGCCUUGGUCUUCACCCCUCUUCUUACCCUCCAGUAGGGUACUGUUUGCCCCCGUGCCAUGGUGACUGUCCCCCCACACCACUACUGCACAGUGGCCAAUCCUGUGUCCCGGGAUGCCCAGGGUUCAGUGCUGUUUGACAUCACAGGACAAGUACAGCUUUGCCUUGCUGACCUGGAGAUCCAGCUGGCCCAGGACCCCUUCCCCUUAUACCCAGGGGAGAUGCUGGAAAAGUUCUCAGUGUACCUCAGAGCCUCCAGCUCCAAGAGUUCCCUGCGAGCUCUUUCAGCUUCUGAUUGGUCCAAGAUCUUCUGCCUCUCAAGCCGGCCUUGGGCUUCUUGCUCUAGUCUCUGAGCUUCGUGCCUGGACAGGAGAGGGGACAGGUAGGAUGCUGGCAGGGGGCCAGAUCUGGCAUGUGAGCUCUAAUGGAAGGGACCACCAACCUA